AUGUCUAUCUCAGUCAAAACCCGAAAUGUCAGCAAAAGACCUUUUCCACUGGAAUCUCUUCUACCACAAGUCCCACGAAACAAUUACUUGCAUUUUCAGGAAGAGAAGCAAAGACUGCAGCUAAAGAAAUUCCUGCUCGAUAGGAUGUUUCUAGUUGCCAAGACAAGAGCCAACAUAGAAAAAAGAGAUAUUACAGAGUACUAUGAACAAGUGUUUCAGUCCAUUUCAAGACGUCACUUAGAAGAAGCAGUAACAGGACUAUUGCUCAUAUACCCGACUUCCAUUCUGCAUAUCCUCGAGUCCUCCAGUGGCACUCUGCAUCAUAUUCUUUUAGAUUAUCUUAACCAUAAGAAGGGUGAAACAGAAUUUUUUAUUGAAGGCAUAAAAAUUAUAGUAGUGUCCCAUAACAUCCCCACAAGGAUCUUCCUGCAAUGGCAUGUGUCAGUAAUAAAAGUGCCAGUCAUGUAUCUUGAUGAUGUGACACAGUCACAGUCCCUGGAAGAGGUCAUCACAGAGUUUCUCACCCAGACUCAUAAACUAGCACUCUGCCUUUUUAAGACUGUUAAAGUGGGCAGUAAAGGGCCAGGCGAUAACUUGCACCAAGUUGCAGCCGAUUUACUCCUCCCACAACAAAUAAUACAGUACUUGUACGAAUCUGAAGAAUUCAUGGACCCAGAAAUGUUCCUGAACAUGUAUUAUAAACCCAUGCAUGUCACUUUGGAUUCUGAGGUGGUGUGGCCUGCUCCUUCCCAGUUCUAG